AUGGUAACCCUAUCUGGACUCCUGGUGUUCGCGAUGGUGAUCAUUUCUGUUCAUGGAGUUGAUGUCGGGUAUGAUGGCACAUGUGUCGUCAAUACUGAUGACUGUACCGUACCAGGGACCGCUUGUAUCGCGGAAUCUGGAGGGGGCCAAACUAAGUGCCUUUGUGACGGUAACUGGGAAAAAGUAGCAGAUCAAAAUAAAUGCCAGUGUAAAUCGGAUUUCAUUCUGAAUGAAGCAGAAAAUGGAUGUCUAAGCAGUGACACAGACUCGUGUGCGUCAACAAAUGCAGACAAGUGUGUAUUGAAUGCCGAAUGUACGGCCGACACCUGUACAUGUAAAUCGGGUUAUACGGCAACAGAAAAGCUCUGCAUUGGAGACCUAGGCGUAGCAUGUGCUAGCAACGCCGAAUGUGGAAGUGGAGUUUGUGAUUCCACCAGAACAACGAGCAUUUGCGCUAUCGGUGUCACAGACGAAUGUACUGAGUCCAACGCAGAUAAGUGUGUAUUGAAUGCCGAAUGUACGAGCAGCAGCGACACCUGUUCUUGUGAAUCGGGUUAUACGGCAGUAGGCAAACUCUGCACUGGAGCGCCAGGAUAUGCAUGUGAAGCAUCUAGCGGCUGUGCUGGAAAUGACAUUUGCGACACAAAUGCCAACUCUGUGACGUGUGCUUUAGCUAACGGGGAUGCCUGUGAUGCCGAUGAUUCUAAGUGUAUGACACACUCAGAGUGUACCGAGGAAACUUGCACGUGUUCCAACGGAGACGCUGAUGAAACCACAGAGCUGUGUCCAGCACCUAACAGCGACAAAGGAAUCGGAGAGGCGUGCACUGCGGCUGAUAAUGUUUGCACUACUCUGGGCUCGGCGUGUGUUGCUGACGGCGGGAGUACAAGUACAACAAAGUGUCUCUGUGCUGAUGACUAUGUGGCUAAUACAGAUAAUAGCGGUUGUCUCAAAAACUUGGGCACAUCAUGCGGGUCAACAACUGUGUGUGCCGAUGGUGGCGUUUGUGAUAUCAACUCUGACUAUCCAACAUGUGCUAUGGGGAAUGGUGGAACAUGCGAUGCCGACUCGAAGUGUGUAGCCAACUCAAAGUGUACAGAGACAAAAUGUACCUGCACUAACGGAGAGGCCGAUGAAACAACGAAACUGUGUCCAUCUCGAAGUGGCGGUUUACGAGAAUCGUUUUCGAUACUUGUAGUGACGCUGUGCCUCUGGUUGAGCCUGUUCUAA